ACAGUAGUGACACCUUUCGUCACUUUUAGUAAUAUACUCUGUGCUUUCCUACGUUCGAAAACUACAAACCUCACUUAUUUGUUGACUUUCGCAUUGUCCAAUGUUAUUAAUUAUAAUUAAAUAAAAAAUAAAGUAAUUGCGAAAACAUUUCAGUUUCUUCCAAGUAUCGGGUGUUGAAUAAAUAAGUCAAUUUGUGAAAAUGAGGCGUAGUGCUGGCCUGGGAGCCAUUCAAAAGCAAAAACUAGAACAAGAAAAAUACAAGUACAAACGCAAUGAAAUUCAAGAAAAUCAAUUCGAGCAGUUGACCAAACAGCUCGAGUUUUUCAAGACGAACUUGGAGGAAUUUGCCAGCAAGCAUAAGAAUGAAAUCAAGAAAAAUCCAGAGUUUAGAACCCAAUUCCAGGAAAUGUGUGCCAGCUUGGGCGUUGAUCCGCUAUCAUCAGGAAAAGGAUUUUGGUCUGUUCUAGGACUGGGCGAUUUUUACUAUGAAUUAGCAGUCCAAAUUGUGGAAGUCUGUCUAGCCACAAAUCACAAGAACGGAGGUCUGAUAAGCUUAGAGGAACUGAGGACCAGGCUCAUCAAUGCCAGGGGAAAGAGAAAGGAGCAUCAAGAGAUUUCAGAGGAUGACUUACGUAUGGCUGCCCGAAAGUUGAAAAUCUUUGGCAGUGGAUUUAAUGUUAUCUCUUACGGGCAAGGACGAUACAUGGUGCAGUCAGUUCCUGGUGAAUUAAGCACGGAUCAUUCGGUCAUAUUGACAGAAGCUGCAGCAAGCAACAGGGCUUAUGUGUCCGUGUCUUACCUAAGGAAGAAGCUCUUGUGGGAGCCAGCGCGAAGCCAAAAAGCGUUAGAUAGUUUGGUCGACCAAGGAUUGGCUUGGGUCGACUUACAGGAAACCGGCGAAAAACUUUAUUAUUUUCCCAGCUUAUUCAAUGAGUGCGUCAAUGCCACUAACUCAUAAUUUUAUUAAAUAUUUAUACAUAUAUUAUAACAUUUCGGUAUGUAUUGGUUGAGCAUUAAUUGCAUUCUAAAUUGUUUUAA